UUUCGCAGAGCGGCAAGUAUUUUUUUGCAAUUUUGCCAUUAUUUUUAAUAGUGAAAACUAUCGUUGGAUAUUUCCUCCCCCCACACACCCUGUAAUGCAUUUAAUGGCAUGCAUUGCAGUUGACAACUCGCAGCGACCGUGUGAAAAUUAAAGAAAACGGAAAAACGCCCACGGCGACGAAUAUUGUGAGUGUUUUCUAUGUAUGGUGUACAUACAUUCAAACAUAUGUAUGUGUACGUGUUUGUAUGUUGUGUGUGGAUGUAAGCGUCUAGUGUAUUUGUAUAUACGCGAAACAGGAAGAAAAGAAAAGACGCAUGCAAUUUUUAAGAAAUUAAUGCAAAUUGUAUUAAAGUUGAUAAAUUGACGCAAUUAGCGCAAAUUUGAGAAUGUUUAUUAAAAGAAAAACAAAAAAGAAUAACGUGAGUGUUGUUAAACCAUAAUCUUUGGCGAGCGGCUAAUAUAAAACGCAGAAAACAUAAAUCAACAGUGGAAAUACAGUUUCAAAAACUAUUCUGCAGACAUCUCAGCUCUAGAUUUGAUGUCUAGAAUCACAAAAUAAGAAAAGCUCAAACAUGGAAUAAUAAAGCCAUUUAUACAUCACUGAAGUUCAAACGAAUUCCAAAAAGUGUGUGAAAAAUAUAUAUUGAUAUUAUUUAUAAACGAUAAAAAUCAAGCAAUAACAUGGCAUCGGAGUCCUCGGAUUGACCAAAGUUGUUGUCUAAUUAUGGAGAAAGACAAACAAAUACCAGCAAACCAACGACAACAAAUAGCAUAGCCAACACACUAUAAAUAAAGGCUAUGGAAAAAGUUAACUAGCGGCUCUUGAGAAAGGUCGUUUGGAACCAAGUAAUAUAAUAACAGAUGCGCAUGUAACGCACAACAAGUCCAAGAAGAACAAACCCGCUACCCUACAAACUUGGUAUUAACAUGAACAAAAAUGCCGGCGAUGGCAGCGGCAAUGAUGGCAAAAACUCGAAUAAUCAUGGCACUGUAGGCGGCAGUGGUAAGGGCGGCUCCAAUGCCGGAGGGGGCGCUGGAGCCGGCCCACAUGAUCCCACAGGUAUUUUAGAUGCUGCUUCGCUCUUUGCGUACUGGGGCCGAGAUCCCACCGGAGCUGCGGCUGCAGCUGCCUCCAAUCCCCUGUUUAGCUCCCAGUUCAAUGCAGCUGCCGCAGCCGGCUUGGGUCUAUUGCCAAAUGCGGGUGCUGCAGCGGCAGCCAAUGAUCGUUACUCCAUGGCAGCUGCAGCGGCUGCUGCUGCAGGACAUCAUCAUCAAAACACCAUGGCCGUUGCAGCAUCACAGGCCGCUAGUCUAGCAGGUCUGCAUCCAGCAAGUUGGUGGUCAAUGGCCCAAUUGGCCGCUCAGGACUACUUUAGCCGUCUGCAGGCCUCUGGCCUAUCACCCUUUCCUCAUCCAGACUUGGCGGCCGCCUUUGGUCCAGCUGCGAUGGGUAUGGGCACGGGUGCAACAGGUGGUAAUGCUGCCUCUGGAAGCGGAGGUGGCAUGGGCGGAGCGGGUGGCGGCUCUGGUGGUGGCAGUAGCAGUUCAAACUCAUCCAGCAGCAAAUCGAACAAAUCCCGAAAGGAAAAACGCGCCGCCCAACAGCAACAACAACACCAACAGCAACAAAAUCUCGCGAAUAGUCUGAAUGCUGCCGCUGCAGCGGCCGCAGCAGCUGCUGCUAAUAAUCCCGCGGCAGCCUUGGCCAGCAUGCACGGCUUUGGAGGACCGGGAACAGCAAUGUCAUCGUCAUCGUCGAACGCAGGCAUUGGUUCGAUAUCAACGAGCAGUGCAGGUCACAGUGGCUAUAAGUCCACGGCAAGCGCUUAUGGCAAGCCAUCCACGAUGACCAGCGGCAUGUCAACGACACCCGGUUCAGCCUACGAUCCAGUCACCUUGCAUAAGGAGUUGCUUGCCAUGCAGGCAGUUGCAGCUGCCGCUUCCGGUUCCAAUGCAGGCGGUGGUGCCGGCUCCGGAGGUCUUGGCGGUAUGGGUGCAUUGGGUAGCAACUCUAACAGUUCCUCCAGCAAGAAAUCCUCUUCAUCGUCGAACGCCGGCUCCAUGCAUGGUCAUGGGCUGUCUAAUCUGGGCAUGGGCAUGGGGAAUGCUUCUAUGGGCGCGGGCAUAAAUGUAGGUGGUGGCAUCAUGUCCACGGGCAAGUCGGCGACUAGUGUCAGCUCAUCCAGCAACACAUCAAUGAGUGGCAUGCAUCCCAUGGCCGGAAUGGGUGGAAGCACCACACCUCUUAUGUCACCCCAUGGGGCGUUGGGUAACAGCGGCUUGUCUGGCGUUGGGGGCGUUUCAUCCAGCGGUUUGGGCUUGGGGGGUUCAUCUGGCAAGGAUCGGGAUAAAAAUAAUCCAUCGCUGAAUGCCUUAAACUCGCUUUCCCAGUUCGGAGCGUUGGGUAUGACGCCACAGCAAAGUAUGCAGGCGGCCAUGAAUGCAUUCGUCGCGAGCACGGGAGCGGGACCCACAUCAACGGUUACGUCAUCGGGCGUGCCGCAAUCAUCACAACAGUCCAGCACUUCGGGCAGCGUAUCUGGCGGCAAGACGGCAAAGGAUUAUAUGUCUGGAGCCGGAGCAGGAAUGAUGAGCGGCAACAGCGGUAACGGAGGUAGCAGCAGCAGUGAGCAUCCGUCAUUGCUGGGCGUGCGACUGCCGCCCGACACAGAGAUUAUCAAAUACACAUCCUCCAUUGUGGGACCCAAAAUUCCCGGUACUACAUCACGUGGUCGCAAAAAGACCAUUUCCGAAACAGAACAACAUAACAACCAACAGAAACACCAACAAGAACAACAACAACAUCAACACCAAUUACUCCAACAACAACAAAAAGAGUUAGACAGCACAACAACAAAUGCGCUUUCUUCUCUCCUUGCAUUUCCAGGUCUCAGUCCCGCGAAGCGGGCUAGACUCGAAAUGGAGUAUGCGGCAAUGGCCGCUGCGGCCCAACAGCAGCACGGAAUGAUGGGUGGCACGGGCGUCAGCGCAGCUGCAGCAGCACUGGGCAUGUCCGGCAUUGGUGCGAGCGCUCUGGGAAGUCUGAGUGGAUUACCCAGUAGUGGCGGUGGUGGUAUGAAUCCCCUGGAACAAUUAAGUGUGUCGAAAUCAACCACAGUCACAAGCACCGCCAGCUCGGCGUCUAGUAGUAGUAUGGCCAGUAUGCUUGGACAAACAGCAAGCGGUCGCGACUCAUCCAGUGAUCGUGUAGAGGUCAUCAAAUUGCCACCAACCAUCACCUCGAACGGCGCCUAUAAUCUGUCCAAUAAGGGAAAAGAAAUCCAUGAUCUGACCACGGACAAUGCCACCGGCUCUGGGGUUAAUCUCAGCCUAAAAUCCAAUCUAUCAGGUAGCGGCGCCAUUGGUUCAGCGUCCAACCCUAUAACUAUUGAUGAUUUCGAUGCGCCACUCAACUUGUCCAUGAAACCAGCCGAUAAGAGCAGCACUUCAAACACAACCGCCUCCACUUCAGCACUUGCCAAUCUGACUAGUGAUUAUCAGGCAUCGAGCAGUGGCACUUCCAAUAGUUUACAGAGCCUAAGCUCCAUAACGGCAGCUUUGGGUGGCACUGGUGGCAUGCCUGGUGGUUCCUUAACGGCUAGUGGUGGUAGUGGACCAGGCGGAGCUUCUCCAGCUCCUGCAUUGACUGGCGCUGGUGCGGCGGCUUCCACCACAUGCUCCUCGUCAUCGUCUUCGUCGGCUUACAAGGAGGGACGACCACGAAAUUUGGGCAGGGGCGUGUCCAAGCCCAAAAAGAACACCGUAGCAUCACUCCUGGCCCAAUCCCGUGCUGUGGGGCUGAAGCCAAUGCUGGCUACUCAACAACUGCUACAACAAGGCGCGGAUAUUGAAAAGAUACGCCUUGCACUGAGUGAGGCCAACGCACAUAUGGAAACCUCUACCGACUCGGAAAGCAUGGCUGCUGAGAGUGGAAUGUCCGAAUCAGAGAGCGAGGAUGCCAAUAUACUCAACGUGUCGGAACUGCGAGUGCCACUCGACCUGGGCUGGAAGCGAGAUACGGUCAUUCGCGGCCUCACCAAGCAGGGCCAAAUAAGGGGCGAGGUCACAUAUUACGCGCCGAACAGCACCGUACCGUUUAAGACAAUUGGCCAGGUUUUUGCUUAUAUGGAGCAGCACCCAUCGAAUCUUACACGUGAAAAUUUCAGUUUCUCGGCACGAGCUAUUGUUGGGUCAUUUCUGCAGCCCGCUCCACCGCCCUAUGCCAACGACGGCGAGUACAUACGCAUGACUGACGAGGAUGUGGCCAAGCGGCUGGAGGACCUCAAGGUGUUCACGCGCCAGACACUCAAUGUGGAGCAGCGCAUUGAAAUCGCCAAGCAACAGCAGGCGAUGCGCGAUGCCAAGAAGCAACAGAAGGAAGAGCUGGCUCGCAAUAAGGAGAAGGCGCGACAGGAGAAGAAUGCUAAGCUAGAGCAGCAGCGCAAGGAGAAGGAGCUGAAGAAUCAACAGGCUAUUGAGGAGCGCAAGAAGCGUCAGGAGGAGUUAGAGCGUCUUAAACAGGAGGAGUUGAUAAAGAAACAACAGGAGAAAGAGAAGCGACGCCAAGAAGCCAUUUUAGCUAAAGAACAGGAACUUCAGAAGCAAAAGGAGCUUCUGCUGGCCGCCGAAAUGGAACGCGAGCGCCGUCGCCAGCAUAUGAAUCUCAUCCGGAUGCUAGAGUUGCGGCGCAAAUUCGAGGAACGUGAGAAGAAGAAGCACCAGUUGGUACUCGAUCGUCUGAUAUUGCGAGAGAAGCGUAUGGCCGAGCGAAAGCGCGAUGCUGAAAUCCUGCAACUCAUCAGAAAACCCAACGAGGACUCUGAGUUGCAGCAAGAGGUGGACAUUCCAGAGGUGGAUCGGAUUGCUGGCAAUCGUCUGCCAGGGCAGGCGAUGGCCGAUCUGUUGAUGGUUUUUGAGUUCCUGCACAACUUUGGCGAGACUCUGGGCUUUGACAUGGAGUCGCUGCCAUCACUGCAAAAUCUACACGAUGCUCUCAUUAGUGAUAGCAAUGCCGAUGCUGAGGAGGAGUUGCUGUCGGUGAUGACGCAUCUGCUUGUUUGUGCCAUUGAGGAUCCGGGUGUGCCCAAUCCUGGGCGGCAUACCACAUUGCUUGGCCAGUCCUUACGCAAUGCCGACAUCACGAACUCAAAUGUUUCCGAAAUUUUGCGCAUUUAUCUGUAUGCCACGGCCACAGGUGAAAUUCGCCAGAUGCACGGCAUCACCGUAGAUCGGGAACGAGAGCGACGCGUUCCUGAUCAUCAUCAGCUCGAUGCAGACACUGCCACGCAUUCGGCCAAGAAUCAGGAGUACUAUAAGUUGCUGCACGAGAACGACACAUGGAAGAUGUCGCAUUCUCUGAAAGACCGGCCGUUUGUGGCAUUGAAUCCAACGCGUAAGGCGCAAAUGCUUGCGCAUCUUUGUAAUGACCUGCUUAUGAACAAGGCCGUGUUGCGACAAAUCGAUGGCAGCCUGGAGACAUGCGCCCAGAUGCGCAAGGAGAAGUACAUGACGGACAUGAAGGUACGCAAGUAUAAAGCCCUGCACAUGCGGAAGGCGCGCAUCGAAGCCUACGAAAAGGCCCAGGCGGAACGCGAGGCAGCUAUGCAGGCACUAAUAACGCAACAGAAACUUGAUGCCGAGCGUAUCGCCAAGGAGUUGGAGGCCAAAAAGGCCGAACAAGCUGAAGAGAAUGCGAAGGUGGCGGCAGCGGCGGCUGCAGCUGCAGCAGGACCACCCGCAGUAUCUGUAGCCACCGUCGGCGGGGAGCAAAACGAAACUGAGCAAAACACAACAGAGCAAAACAACGGGAUCGCAAAGGAGGAUGGCGAUCCGAUAGUAACAAUCCCAGAAGAGGGUGUGGCAGCACUUGAACAGCAGUCACAACCCAUGGAAGUUGAUAGUGAUGCUUUGACAACGACUCCGACGACACCUCGCAAGGAACCCGACUCAGUUGCACAGCCCCAAACUCCUGCCACGCCUAUACAAAUCUCUGAGGUAAGCCCCUCUAAGAGCAGCGUGGGCGAUGGAACACCCAUCAAGCAGGUUCCGGGCAAAAUUGAUGAUUUGGCCGCCACGCCUACUUACCAUCACAAUGGCGCAUCGGGAGUGGGAGGGGGCGGCACUACGCCAACUGGCGAUAUGAAUGCGCUGCUGCAGGCUAAGAAGAGUGGUGCGCGUAACUCGAUAAACGAGGAUGGGCAUGCCGAUGUGAGCAUCAUUGACGACGAUCUCUCCGAUCUGGACUCGGAAAUCACAAAUGUGGAAGAGGACGAGGACAAUCGUUUGAGCGCAGACGAGCUGCAAAAGAAGCUCGAUAAAAUAGUGCGUGCCUCGCUCAAUUGUAAGGAGGCGCUGGAGAAGAGCACCAAUCAGUUACGAGCCGCUUGCUUCGGACAGGAUCGAUUCUGGAGGCGCUACUGGAAACUGCCGAAGGCUGGUGGCAUUUUUAUUGAGGCGCUGGAGUCGGCGCAAAAUGAUAUUUGCGGCUAUCACGAGGCACUGGAGGCCAUGGACGAACAGAAGCAGGAGCGCUCGAUUGUUGCGGACAACGACGCAUCAGAUCCAGGAGCCGUGGCAGAUGAGCUGGCAAAGAUUCCGGCUGAUUGUGAGGAAGAGCAGAAGCAGCAACCGGACACAACAACAGAGCCCAUGGAAGUUGACGGAGAGGUUGAAAAAUCAGUAUCAGCUGCUCAGGAAAUGGGACAAUCGUUGCCUAUUCCAGACAAUCAGGAAGAAGCCGAGUUGGCGCCCACAUCGGCUGGCAUCCAGGAGGAUGAUGACGAUGAUGUGACUGAAAUCAACAAGGUAGAGCCAGAGAUUGUCGAUUUGGGCGAUGACGAUGACGAGGUUCCCCCAGUUAAAUCCGAAGUUAUACCAGCAAGGCCCGAGAUCAAAGUUAAAUCCGAAAUGGAACUGAUGGGUCCGCCGCCCACCGUUGUCUCUACGAAGACGGACUUUGAAGCAGAAAUCAAGAUACCCACAAUACCCGGUCUUAUACCAACCAUGAACAUGAACAACAGCAAUGGCAGCAACAACAACAACAGCCUGAACCACUGUGAUAAGUUGGAAAACAACAAUUUGGCCAUGGGCGUGAUUCGGCCUGAGGAUGUGAAACGGGAAGACGACUGCAUAAUUGUGUCAACCACGCCCGGCGACGAUACGCCCAAAUGGUUCUCCAUAGUCAAGCGCGAGGUGCCACUGAUUAGUGAGCUGUCUGCCGAGGAGGGCGGUGUCGUGGCCACCGAGGUGCAGUACAACUAUGCAAACAUUACAUGUGGUUCGCAGCUUCAACUGCAAGGCCAUCCCUGGGAUCUGGCCAAUAACAUGCAAUAUUACACGAUACCCAUGGAGGAGUGCAAGGUGGAUCCACUGAAGAUCACGCAGGAGUGCAUAUUCUCACUAUCCGGCCUGGACGAGAAACAAAUGGAGCUGAAACUUGAUGAGUACGAGGCCAAGAAACUAGCGGCAGCAACGACGACAACGACCACUUCAAAAAACGGUCUGGCGUCUCCUCAUCGUCAGGCUACGAUGCGUGAUCGCGCACUCAGCGGUGAUGAGGAGCAGCAGCCCAAGUUGGAGCCGGCGACCAAGUUGGUCCGCCCGACAAAGUCUGAGAGUGGGGAUGAGUUUUUUCGUUUGCGCACUGAUGCCGUGCCGGACACGGGAGGCGAACAGAAGCCGAAACUAGAACUGCGUCUGGACGAGUCAGCGUCCCAUCCCUACGUGCAGAACAUUGUCAAUCUCUCGCUAAAUAGUGUGCAGACCUACAUACCUAUUGACAUACCCCUGCCGCUCUCCAUGACGCCCGACGAGCACAAGAUGCUGGAGCAGGUGAAGUUGACGGGAUUCCCGGACCGCGUACAUGGAGUUUACGUACCCAGACGUCAUCGUUACGGUUGGUGGCAAUUGGACGAUGAGCAGAAGGUUCGCCAGCUGCUACGCACACUGAAUCCUUCCGGACUGCGUGAGCGCGAGCUGCAGGAGAACCUCACACGCUUCCUUGCCCUCGAGGAGCCGUUGGGCGUCAAUUAUCAGUUGAAACUCCACGAGGUCGACCAGCUGGGAUUGCUCGACUACAUGCCGCCCGAUGCCGUCGGCGACUGGAACCCAAAGGUGGCCAAGCGCGUGGAGCUGGCGUUACUGGAGCAACUUGAAUCACUGGAAGAUAAAAUAGCGAGUGCCUCCAUGCAGCUCAAGAACUGGCAGCUGCCCACGCGAAUCGAGAGCGAGCUGAACCUAGAGCCGGAUGACGCCGACGUCACCGAAGAGGACUUUGUGAGCAUCAUACCCAUGAUACGUGAACGCAUUAUCGAUCUUGAGGCGAACAUCGAGCGACGCUACUUGAAGCCCCCUCUAGGCUCGCAAACCGGAGAUGCACACCUCGCGGUCAUAGCCCAGAACCAGCAGACAUCUACACAGACGCAGAACUCAGCCUCGGCCGCCGCCUACUUACUUCAGAUGCAACAACAACAACAACUCUUGCAGCAGCAACAGCAGCAGACGAACAACAUCAAUCCUUCGUCCUUCAAUGAGCGAACCAUGGCCUUGGCCGCUGCUGCAGCGUCUGCUACGCCCAGCACCAGUGCCGCCGCUGCAGCCACGGGUGGCGGCGCGAUUUGUGAAGGCAGCGCCCUGGCCGGGUCUGGGCUGGCGGUCAGCAACGAGCAGGCGUCCGGCGGUGCUUCGCCGUCCAGCAACUGCGACAGCGACAAGGACGAGAAGGUGGAGAACAUACCCAAGGGUCUGGUGCAGUGGCGCGACGCCGUGUCGCGAUCGCACACAACCGCACAACUCGCGAUGGCGCUCUACGUUCUUGAAUCGUGCGUAGCCUGGGACAAGAGCAUCAUGAAAGCGUAUGCAACACUUGUGCACAAUAAAAGAAAGAGCGGCGCCCAAAAGCAUGCAACCCCAAAAUCAAAAAAACAGGCUAACAGCAGCGCCAAGAACAAGAAAAACAAGAAGAAGCAGCGUCAGGAUAAAACGCCAGAGAAACGGGAAACGUUGACAAAGGAUCUGAAAGGCGCCAAAGUGACGAUCAAAAUCAAUUUGAAGGCUCUAAGCGAUGCAAUGCAGCGCACCACAAAUGGCAACAACAACAGCAACAGCAACAAGAAAAACAAGAACGACUCUGACUCGAACUUGGACUCGGCCACAGAGACAGACUCGGACAUUGAGACGACGAACACUAGCAAAAAAAGAAAGUGUAGAGGUUCAGCCACUACUACAAACUCUUCCAAAUAUUCGAAUUCCUUACAGAAUUGCCAAUUCUGCACUUCGGGUGAGAACGAGGAUAAGUUGCUGCUCUGCGAUGGUUGCGACAAGGGCUACCAUACGUACUGUUUCAAGCCCAAAAUGGACAACAUACCAGAUGGCGAUUGGUAUUGCUAUGAGUGCGUGAACAAGGCGACGAACGAGCGCAAGUGCAUUGUCUGUGGCGGCCACCGACCCUCUCCAGUGGGCAAGAUGAUUUACUGCGACUUGUGCCCGCGUGCUUAUCACGCCGACUGUUACAUCCCGCCGUUGCUGAAGGUGCCGCGCGGCAAGUGGUAUUGCCACGGAUGCGUAACCAAAGCACCGCCCCCAAAGAAACGCACCAGCAGCAGCAAGUCUCGGCGAGAUCGUGACUCGACCACGGCCGCCAAGCGACGCAAUGACAAGCAAAUUACGACACCGGCAACCUCCAAUCUGGGCAGCCUCGAGAACUUGCCCCAACUCAGCAAUGCCGAGCAGCAGCAACAGCAGCCACAACAACAACAACAAUUCCUGUUGCACUCAUCGCAGCAAUCAUUGAACUCCUCGCACGAGGAGUCCAUGACCUCCCUGCCAGCGCCGUUGAGUCCGGCGCACUCGAUUGCCUCGGCAACGUACGACGAGCAGCAGCAUAGCAACUCCAUAGAUGCCACACGCUUUCAGGCCAGCAAUGCCAACAGCAACACCCAACAACAGUUGCCCAGCGAGCCAGAUGGCCAGCUAACAAGUUAUCCGGCUUAUGCUCCAGCCCACGGCCUCGUGCACCAGCCGACGACCUUGCCUGCCAACUUCGGCGCUGGCCUGCCUUCGUUGCCGACGCCACUGCUACACCAAUCGCAACAACAACAACAACACCAGCAGCAGCAGCAACAACUACAACAACAAUCACAACAGCCGCAGCCUUUGCAGUUCGUGGCUGUGGGAAACAGCACGCCCUUGCCACCAUCUGCAGCCAUAUCGCCACGUGCUUUGACGCCGACGCGCACACCCACCCCAACGGCGACGCCACCGCCUCCCCUGCAACCGCCGACACCGAAUGUGGCAGCCCCACUGUUGCCGCACAUGCAGCAGACGUCACCCAGUUCCCUGAACGUCACCUGCCAGUCGCCACCGCAACAACUGAUGGCGAUGCCAUCUCCUCGCGCCUGCACACCAACGCCGCCCAGCAAUACGACACAAAUGUCGCCGCCGCCCAUUAAUAUACAUGCCAUACAGGAGGCUAAGGAGAAGCUGAAGCAGGAGAAGAAGGAGAAACACGCCACCAAGAAGCUCAUCAAGGAGCUGUCUGUCUGCAAGACCCUGCUCGGCGAAAUGGAACUGCACGAGGACUCGUGGCCAUUUCUGUUGCCAGUGAAUACCAAACAGUUUCCCACAUAUCGUAAAAUCAUCAAAGCCCCAAUGGAUUUGUCCACCAUCAAAAAGAAAUUGCAGGACUUGAGCUACAAGUCGCGUGAGGAUUUUUGCAGCGACGUGCGUCAGAUUUUUGACAACUGCGAAAUGUUCAAUGAGGAUGAUUCCCCGGUCGGCAAGGCCGGGCAUGGCAUGCGAAAGUUCUUCGAGUCGCGCUGGACUGAGCUCACCGAUAAGCACUCUUGAUACCCUGCACCGCAUAUGCCCAUUCAGGGGGCUAUUACCACACCCCCCACGCAAAUAUCGAGCAGUGUGUCAGCAUUGGGCGAGUUGGCAGUAAACCCAGCAGCAGCAACAACAACAACAACAGCAUUGACAGCAACAACAACAACCAGCGAAACGACAACGCCAGUGACAAGUGUAUCACAAUUUUGGUGAAGAGAUUUGUAAAACACAAUUUGUAUUUGUAAAUAUCAAUAUACAUAUAAAUAGUGAAAUGAGGUAGCUGUAGCUUGUAUUAUUAUAUUAAGUUCCGAAGCCUAUGUAUAAGCAUGAAAGCAUGAAAGUAUUGAACGUCCUGCGUUUAAGCCAGCCAGCCAGCCAGCCAACGCAUUGGUAUGGCUUUGAAUGUCUAUAAGAAAAGCCAGGCCAAGGCGAACAAAUUUUAUUUUACAUAGAUAUUUGUUUAGUUCGUAAGAGAGCAGCAGCAACAACAGCGACAACAACAAAAACAACAACAACAACAGUAUAUAACCCAUAACUAUUAGUAUAAGACAAUGGCAGUGAACGGCAACAAGAAAUUAAAUUAAAAAAAAAAGGAACAAACCUACAUACAUUUGUAUGUAUGGUAUAUGUAAGUAUGUUUCGCGUUAUCGGUUGCGCCAAUUAUCAUGAUUUGAACAGUAUUUCCUGCACACAUCUGCAGAGCUUUGUCUACCUUUGGUUUUUCAAUUUGUAUUUAUUGUAACGCUGGCAAUUAUUGUACACUUGCCUCGCUGUCUGCCACUUUUAAGCGCUCAUUUAUUUUUAAAGUUGUACUUAUAAACACACACACACACACACACAUGCGACUCUGUAUAUGCAUGCACCACCCAUAAAUGUAUUUAUGAACUAUACAUACAUUAUAACAAUAUACUCAACACGCUGUAGGAGUAAGGAAUGAACGAAUGAUUUUGUAACUAUAAAUGAAUUAAGUGUAUUAAAUUAUUUACUGUGUGUAAAUUUAAACAAUGUA